AUGGCGAACAGAGAUCGAGCAGAUACGAAAGGAACUCCAUUCUAUGGUUAUGAGGAGCAAGAUAUUAGGUUUUGGUAUCAAUAUAGUCAUUCAUUGUAUAAGGGAGCAAAAGUCAUGAUUAAUGAAUCUGAUGUGCUUGAUAUUCUGAAGUUUAUUCCUCAUAAUAGAGAUGCUCUCAUUUACAUUGAACAUUUAAACCAUCCACAACCUAUUGAGCCAUCUAGUUUGCCUUCUAAUUUGCAUGAAGAUGAAGAACCUGCCCACCCUGAUCCUAUUGUAAAAGACAAUAGUGAUGGUCAUAGUGACAGUGAUGAUAGUGAUGUUUUAAUUGAUUCUGAGUAUGAUAUGAUGGAGGAUGAUAGGUUGUAUAAGAAAUAUGUUGAUCAUGAUCUUGAGUUUGUUGGUUUAGGUCAGAGUUCUGACCCUAUGAAUAACAUGUUGGGAGAUGAUGGGACAUUAGAACCAGUCAUUAGUAGUGAUGAGCUUGAGAGUUUGGUUGGUUCUUAUGAAGAUAACUUGUGCAUGCCAAAAUACCCCAAGUACAACCAUGGUACUGAGAGUAGGAAGCCAGUCCUUAAAUUAGGACUGAUUUUUAGUAGCAAGGCAUAG